UUUGCUCAGAGAGGAAUGGAUAUGCAUCACUGUUUUGGAGGAUUUGUUUAGUUAACGUUAGACCUAGUGGUUAAUUUUUUUUUUUUUUUUUGGCCUCGAGGCUUGUCGGAUCUUAGUUCCCAGACCAGGGAUUGAACCACGGCAGUGAAAGCGCUGAGUCCUAACCACUGGACCACCAGGGAAUUCCCUAGACCUAGUGGUUUAAAAGAUCUUUAAUAGCUAUGCAUGAUUAUUUUUAUUUUUAAGGGCUAUUUUAUUUAGGAAAUAAAUGUAAUUUUUAAAGAUUACAUAAAAUCUCACCACCUAAAGAUAGCCACGAUUAACAUUGUGAUGUACUUCCAAGCUUUUCUCUAUGUUCAUGUGUACUGGUGAAAUACAUGUAAAAGAAUGGCAAGAUAUGCCUCUGUGGCUCUCUGUGCUUGAAUUAGCCCAUGUGGUUAUUUUCAGAUCCAUAUAGUUAGAAAGCCUCUGGAAGCAGAGACCAUAUUUCUUUUUCUUUUGAAUUCUUUCCAGGUACAUAGUAGGCCUCUGAACUUGGUGGAUAUAUGACAAAUGUGAGUUAAACUAAUGAAUGUGUAAACAAGCUAUAAACUAUGCACUUACAUAAUGUCAUUAUUUUAAACAUUUGCUUCUUUAAAUGCUUCCACCUGUAACAAGACUCAUGACAAUACAAGAUAUGUAUUAUUUCCCUUUUCUUUUUGCAUCCCUGCAUAUUGAUUUUUUCCAUCUACCUUUAUAGGAGGAUACAUUGAAAUAAGGAAAAUAUUUUCAUGAAAGCUUAGUGUAAAGAAGAAAUUUGUAAGUUCUAGUUACUGAUGUGAUGUUGGAUGGUUGAACUACUAUAGUUUUAUGGCUCAUGAUAUACGAGAGAGUUUCAUUUGUUUCUUGGGUACAUUGUUUAGUGUAGUAGUAACCUGAUUCAUGUAGUUUACAAAUGCUUUCACCAGACAAUAAUAGAAGUGCACAGUACCAUAUCUAAAUGCCAUAAUCCUUUCUCAUAAAUUGAUAUUCUUAGGGAAUUCUGGGAGCUCAAGACUAGGUGAUUGUUCUGAUUAGGAGGACACUGAUAGGUAUCAUACUAAUGCCACUGAGCAGCAAAUCAUCAAAAGCCAAGUGCUACAGUAUGCCUGCUGCCGUCCAGUUCACUGAGUAACUAACUAAGCAUCCCCACAUCCAGCCCCACUGUGGGACCAAGGGAAUGUGCAUGGGAGCCCAUGUCUCUAGGAAGUCCUUCCAGGGCCACUAAUCACUGACACCUAACAAACAGGGGCCAAGAUGGGCCCGUAUUAUCAUUGCUCCAUCACGCAGCUGUAGCCUGCAUGAGAAGGUAGUGAGGUCUGCUAGGUGAUCCAAGACAGGGAAGGUCGUUUGGUCUGAGUGAUUAGAGGAACUCAGCUGAGUCAUGUUUUGGAGUGCAAGCUUGGAUCUGAAACAAUCUUUUUUUUCCCCCCGUGUUGGUUAUCUAUUUUAUUUAUUUAUUUAUUUUAAAUAUUAUAUUUUUAUUUUCUCAUGGAAGACAAAGGUGACCUUUAUUCAAAUGGUGAAGAAGAAUGACUUCUAGAUGAUGUCCAAAGAUUUUCUGAUGAUCCCCGUUCUUGGAUCUGAAACAAUCUUGAAAGCACCACGUAGAUGGAGCGGGGCAGGGCUUGGCCCUGACGAACAUGGGAGUCGACAGACCCAAGUAGGAUAUCCAGUCCCACAACUUAUGUGGGGUCUAAGAAGGCGUUAUUAUUGCUUCCAAUUUAUAGCUGAGAGGAUUGAUGCGUAGAGUGGAUUCUGUCCUGGAAGAGGGGCCAUACUGAAAUGAAAUGGAAAGAGAUGAUUAAGACCUGAUUUAUAGCAAAAGAGAAAAUUGAUGCUACCCAAGGGAAUGGAAUUACCUUUCUGGUCCUUUAAGAUAUCAGUGGACCAGAUUCCGUCUUCCUUUUUGUGAAGCAGCAGGAGCGAAUGGCUCAGAACCUCGCCUCCUUUGUGACAGGUGUACUGCCCAGCAUCUCCAAACUCUUUGAUUUGGAUGGUCAAGGUUUUGCCAGAACCCAAGACCUCAUCGCUCUGGUCUGAGGUCCAGGUGAUGCCAUCUUCUUCAGGGGUAUCGCAGCUGUCCAAGCACAGAGGAAACAAUUGCUCAUGUCAUUCUGGUAAAACCUUCUUCAAAUACUUAAGUUCAUAAGCGUUGAAGUGAGACAGAAUUGGGAUCAAGUUCCUGUUCCACCCUUACCAGGUUAAUACUCAGUGAAUUCCAGGAGCCCUCUGCCAGUCUCUGGGAGCAAAGAAUUUGUCCCAGAAGCUCCCAUGGCCUUCUCCUUGUCUGCUUGGUCCCCUUGAGUCAAUCAUUGAGAAAGAGGAUGGGCGUACAAUGAAAGUGUUAGCCAAGUCAGGUUUGCCCCUGAGCUGUUAAAGGAUCCAGACCCCACAGGAGUGGAUACUCCAGUGACGUGGAAAUGGCAGUGCAGCAAGAGUCAAAUGUGUCUCAUAGAGACUAAGAUGUCUUCACCAGCCACCUCCCCUUCAGCAAUGACUCUGAUCACGUUUCUAUAGUGUCAUCCUUCUCUCCCUGGCCUGUGCUUUGAAGGCAGCAGGUGUCAGAUGUAGUCACUUCUGAAGUUCAUCAUCCAAGUGGGCAUCUUUGACCUGCUCUACUGGACUGACUGCAAAAAUGACCCACUGGUUUCCAGUAAAGUUAUCAUAGCCUACAGUAAUGAUUGAUUUGCUCCAGUGGUAAACUAAAGAACAACUCACAGUCCCACCAAGGCCUCCAAGGGUUGCAUGUUCUAACAACAGCUGGACAUCUUGUGUUCCUGCCCCCUCAGUCAGGAUCUUCCACACGUUGGUGUGUAUGGAGGAGGUGCUGGCCUGGCUCUCUGCAGACUGAAUUAUAGUCCUGGUUCUGCACCUACCCGCUGAGUGUCCUCCUCCAUGGGCUGCCGUUUCUUCAGCAGAUAAGUGAGGGGCUUGGACCAGUUGAAGACGAAGUCCAAACUCAGAUGCCUUCAGCACCAAAGAGGUGACCCAAAUAAUGCCUCAUCCCCUGCUUGGUCCAUAGUGAUGCCAGCCUGUGGUUAUUGGAACCUGGUCUGCCAGACCAAAUGGAGGAAGUCUGCCAGGCAGAUGUGGAACCCAAAAGAGGAACUUCACCAACUGCUGUGGACAGCUGUAGCGCUUCAUGCCCCCGUGGACUUUUGGGGAAGUAUUUUUGUGGCUCACCAGUCUCUCAUUAGGCAAAGGUCACUUGUCCUGUCUUGGCCUUCUCUACUGGUGGAAAGUACGGCUGGGAGAUUUGGAAUGGUUGCUGUUUGACUUUGAUUCUUGGCACGACUGUCACCAUGAGCUUUUUUGAUGACUCACUCUUGCUGCAGCAUGGAAAGGUGGAUUGGAGGGGAAGCAGAAAGGCCAUCAGCCUCACUGUGAACUACUGUGGAAUAGGCAAGGGAGGAUUGCUUCAUGGUCACAAGAUGGCUGUUGGAGAUCCAGUCUUCGUGUCUCAAACAGGAAGAAGGAGAAAGGGCCAAAUGCAAAUGGUACAUAAUAGCAGAGUAUACCCUCUUUGAAUGAUUUCCUGGAAGCCCCACACCAAGCUUCCAGAUGUUAUCAGAGCAGGCAUGACUUUGGCUCACCCAGCUCAUGGCAUUGGCUCUGAAUGCUGUCAUUGGCUCCUAUAGUGGGCUCAGCCACUAAUCAAGGACCUGGUGGUGUGUGACACAGACCUUUACAUCAUUUCUGGAUCUUCCUCUCCACAGAGUCCAGAUCUUACAACUGAAAACGCUCCUUGGGAUUACCCAGCUCUCAACUUUCACAUUACAAGAAAGAAAACUGAAGGUGCAAUAAUGGCAAGUAGUUGGCCCAGCAGGUCAGUGGCAGAAUUGGGGUUGACCUCAGAUCUUUCCACCCUGACUGGGAGUCUGGCUGCCUUUCUACCCCCUCGCCCAGUGCCCAAAACACCUCCCGAUUCUAAAAGGUUAGUAACUUUAUGUGUUAUCCUUUCCUAGGGACAUCUGCCUUUAAGAAACAAAACAAAGUUAAGCAACAACAUUCAACAACAAACUGAGUGGUCACCAUUUUAUGUAAUAGGGAUUAUUCUGCCCUUAGAAGUCAGAGAGAGAUUCUUUGGGGUGAGGGGAAUGGUUGGCGGGAACGCUAACAGUGGUGGUGUUGGCAGCCAGGGCUGGAGUAAGCCUUCUAGUAUCUCCUCUCCCUUCUCCUCCAAAAUAAAUAAAUAGGAAAAGAAAAGGCAAAUAUAAACAAAAAGCAACUAGGUCAUCAUAAGAUAGGUUCUGCCUUCAGCUCAGGAAGGAACUAAUUAGUGGUUUGGAUUGGUGAUGGUAUUGUUGCAAAUAUUGUUAAGGUAACGGAAUGUUAUUAGAUUUUUUGUUGCCAUAGAGACAGCCAAAGCACUAAUAAGCCCCUUGCCCUGCCCCCAUAGCGAAGGAGACUUCUGCUGGUCAAGUCCUCUGGUCCAUUCCUCUGCCAUUAGGCAGGACCCCAUUAACCAUCCUGACAGGUGAGGACCUUUUAGGAUUUAUCUAGAUAAAUGACUUCAGACCUUCUGGAGUUGUUAUAGUCAAGCACUGUGUCAGAAGUGGUGAGGAUACAAAACCAUAUAAGAUACGUACUUUCACCUCAAAUUAAAUGGCAUUGAUGGGUACCUCCCCAAAUUUUAUACCAAAAUGUUUGUAACAGUGGAGGAGCAGCAACAAUGUGAAGCAGCCCUUCCCAAGCUUGGAAUUUUGGUCACAUUUGGGAUUUUCACAUACUAUUUCAUGCAAAUGCUGGAAUCCACUUCUUAAUAUAAAUAUGUUUGCUUUAAUGUCCACAUUUACAUUCUAUUAACCAUUUUUUCUCCCCAGUCUUCUAGUAAAAUCGAUGCUCCAAGAAGAUACCCUGGGUUGACCAGUGACUUUGGAUAUCUUAUAUGUGGAUCCCAGCCUGGAUCUUUGUGUACUCAAGUUUGAGAAGCAUGGAUUAGCCAGGAGUUGGCAAACAUUUUUUUUUUGGUAAAGAGCCAGACAGUAAACAUUUAGGCUUUGUGAGCCAUACUGUUUCUGUUACAAAUACUCAACCCUGUCUUGUAGUGUAUCAAGAGCAGCCACAGACAAUAUACAAAUGAAUUGGAUGGCUGUGUUCCAAUAAAACUUUAUUUACAAAACAAACAGAUUUGGCCCAUGACCUGGAUUUGGCCUGCAGGCUAUAGUUUACCAACUCCUGGGUUCGACAAUAAAUGCCCAAGAGAUUAUAAAAGGAAAAUAUUUUCAGCUGGGACAAAUAAGAAAGAAGAGUGGGAGUAGAAAUUCUAUUGAUCAUUGAAGGCUACACAGUAUUUCAAAGAGCAGAGAGGACAUGGCAGCAUUAUUAAUAGAGGGCCAGUAUAGACAAAAGUGAAUAUUUUUAAGUUUACAUAUAGGUAGGGGACAGGAAGUACAAUAAGUAAAUCGGUUUGGCUUGAGGAAGGAACUCAUGUCCAAGGGAAGCAUUCUAAAAUAUCAGGGCUGGAAGGGACUUUGCUGAUUAUUUGCUUCUCAUUGUAUUUCCCAUUGAUGGGGAAAUCGAGGUCAAAAGAGACCCCAGAUCUGGAAAGAAGCUGAGGAGUGGUGUGCCUUGAAUACUAAGAUGUCCCAAGAGAAUUUCCUAUGGGAUGGAGUUAAUUCUCACCCAUUGUAUACCAUUGUGAACUACCCCGAAGAGAUAGUGACAAGACACACCUGGAGCAAUCAACAGGACAAUUGCCAAGGAUCCAGAAACUUUAGCUUCUCCUCCUGCUGUCAACUUGCUCUGUAACCUGGGCCAAAUCCUGAGCCCUCCUCUGGUUUUCCCCUUGGUUAAACAAGAAGCACUCAUUCUUGUCCUUCCAUCAGAACUGGUGACCUGUUAUUUUGUCACUACUCUGCCCCUUUCUCCCACCACCAACAUCAAAGUCAUAAAUGACCAGAGGACCCUGGAGUGGGAGGUGCCACAACUUUGCGUGACCCCGAUGUUCAUUCACUGAUUUGUUUUCCCACUAAUUAUUGACCACUUCCCAUGCACUGGUUGCUGAGGAUAAACAAUGAACGAGGUAAGCAGGCUUCUGCCCUCACAGAGCUCACAUUCUAGUGGUAUGAGAUGGUGGGGAACAUAAUGUACAAGUCAACAAAUAAAAGAAUUUCAGCUGGAGAUAAGUCCUGUGAAGGAAAUUGAACAAGGUAUUGUGAUAAUGACUAGAGGGGCUCUUUUGGCUGGUCUAGCAAGGGAAGACCUCUUUGAGGAGAGACUGAAGGAUGAGAAGAGCCACCAACGGAGCCUUCUGGGCCAAAGGAAGAGCAAGGGGCAAAGGCCAUGAGUGUGCACUGUUCGAGGUACAGAGGGAAGGCGUGUGUGUCUGCAGGGUGGUGGGUGAGGGGAAGAUGGAUGGUAGACAAAGAUGAAGAGGUUGACAACAUGAAAUUGAUGAGUUUUCAUCUGGGCAAUCCAGUGACUCAAUCUGGUUUAUAUUUUUAAAAGAGCAUCCAGGCUGUUACCUGGAGAAUGACUUGGAGGGAUUAAGAGUAGAAGUAAGAUAAUCAACAAGCCUUGUCCAGGUGGGAAAUAAUGGUGGUCUAGAUCAGACAGUAGCCAUGGAGACUGAGAGAACUCACUGGAUUCAGGAUAUAUUUUGGAAGCAGAAGAAACAGGACCUGUUGAGCGAUUAGACGUAGGCAUUUGGGGUCGUGCUGGUGGUGGUACUAGGUGAAGGGAAAGCAGAAAUCGAGGAUGACCACUCAGGUUGGGGCUUGAACAACCAGUAAGUUGUGGUAUCUUUUACAUUGUUUGUAGAGACUGGAAUGCUAGUUUUGGGUGGGGAGUGUGGGGAGUGUGGGCAGUCAGUUGGUCCAACAUGGGUGUGCUGAGGCGAAGAUGCCUGUGACACCUCCAGGUGGGGAUGUGCUGUUGGCAGCUGGAGAUAUAUUCUUUGUGUGUCUCCAGUCUUAAAGGGUUAGUAUUCUCUCUAACACCCAAACAGCAAUCUCGUGAGAGUUGAUUUGCUUGACCACACAUUUUAUAUCUCUUCCCUGGAAUAUCUGGGACAUUCUGUGAAUGUCUGUGAAUUCCAUGGAUCCGUCCUAGAUUCUACAUUUCGCCUCCACCAGACAUCCUGCUCCCAUCUCUGCACAACCCUUUGCUACCACAUGACUUCUCUCCUCAUCCUGCUUGGUCCCAGCGUGGACACAUUUAAGGGACCUGAUACAUAGUGGCAAAAAGCUCUUCCCAUCAACAGCAAAGGCCUAUUUCCCCACAUUCUCACCAACAUCGGGCAGUAUUAUUUGCCAAUUUGAUAGGUGAUAGAUGGUGACACGUUUCAAUUUGUAUUGCAAAGAUGUGCUUUUAAACAAUAAAGCACUCUCUCUGUGUAAAUUGCAAUACACAGAAUCAUUCAAGUGCUCACAAUCACGAUUAAUUAUUCAGAAAUUUCAGGGUGCAGAUAAUAACAGUGGCUACCGUUUGUUGAAAUCCCUCAGUGUACCAGGCACUGCAGUGGUGAUACCUCUUUUAAUCCCCAUAGCAUCCCAAACGUUGUACAUGUUAUUAUCAUCUCUCAUAUAAUGGAUGAGGAAACUGAGGCCAAGGAAAAUUAAGUAACUUGUCCAAAUGGCAUAGCUGGGAAUCACACCCCAGGUCAGGGAGAGUGUUCCUAACCACUGCCUGCCUUCCUUCUGCUGUCCUGAGAAGGGGGCCAGCCCAGGACUGCUCCUCACCCAGGAUGACAGCAUUAAUUGAACUCCUUCUGGAAAUUCUUGUCGCUUCUUAGCCUCCCCUUCUAACCUUUCUGUUUUCUCUUCCCAGGUUUCUAGAUCCUUUGGGGGGUUUACUUCUCAUUGACAUCUGAUCAUUAUAACACUCUGAUCCUCCCUCAGCAAAAACAUCCAAUUCUACAGAGUUCUAUAGAAAUAAAAUGGGACUGAAUAACCUGUAAUACAGUUGGACCAAGAUGAUUUUAAGCAUUGUUAAACAGGGUUUGAGAGCACACAAUUGGUGAUGUUUGUGUUUGAAACCCUGGCAAUCUGAGGCUCCUUAAUAAAUUGGGUAUAAUUGGAGUUAUUGGGUAUCAGCCUUUUAAAGACUCAAUUCUGAUGGCCAAAUGCCCUUCCAGGUAGACUGGACUCCCGCCAGCUGCUUGAAUAUGCCCACUUCACAUGAUUAUGUUCUUUCAGGCCUGGAGAGGUGCAGUCUUGAUCCAUUGGCCAUCAAAGGCAAUGCUACAGGGGAAAGAUUACUGCACAAAUUACUGCAGCCUCAGUAAUUUGUGUGGAAGUGAGUGACAGAGCAUGAUUGCCCCACUUACCUCUUGGGGGUGAUGAAAAGUUAUGAAGUAAGUGUGUAUGAAUGUCAGACCUUUUAAACCCAUGUUUAUUGCCAAAUCCUUCCCGUCUGACUCUGAGUCACUGUUCCAGCCACCUGUUUCUCACAGCAACCUGAAGUCCUAAAAUCAUGGGGUCUAGGAUGUCACCCUAAUUCCUCUCAAGGCAUAGCUGUCCCUUUAGAGUAGAAUGAAAGUAAUAUCAUGGCUGAUAAAUCAGGAACAGAGAAUUAGAAAGAUGGGCUAUUUGAAAACCAAAACUGCCUAUUAUACGCUCUGUCUUGGAAACAGGAAGAGGAAGAUAGACUGAGAGGGGACGUUAGUUUUUAGUAACUGUUUUUUAAAACUAACAACAGAGGAAAAAAGACCAGAACCACAAACAAAGUUAACAUUUCGUACUUCAGAAUCAUUUGAUCGUUAAAAAACUCCCUAGUCUUAGGAGGGGUUGUCCCUAGAUAAGUGGUUCUGUUCUGAACUGGGUGAACAUGGAUGAAAUAUAGGGUCUCUUCCCCAAAUCACUCCUCCUCAGUAUCCCAUGAUGAUGGAAAUCCCCAGGGUUAACUUUUCUUUCCUUUUGGCUAGAGUUAGGAAUCUCAUUUAAUGCAUUCCACUACUGUGUCUCAGUUUACAAAUGAGCUAAUUGAGGCAGGGAGAAAUAAAACAAUUAGAGCAAGUUCAUACAGCUGGUAAACCACACAGCCCAGGAUUAGAACCUGGAUUCGUUUGAUUCCAAACUCUAUCACACCAGUGGGCCCAGUAUAUAUUCACUCUUUUAGGAUUGGGUACCUUCUCUGUCAACUCCGUUACAUGGUUCACUAAGCAAGUAGCCAAGAGCUCAGACUGUGAUGGACUUCGGGGUCAGGAGGGAGUGGGUUUGAGUCUUGACUCCAUCACUGAUUGACCAGUUGUGUGACUUUGGAAACCUAACCUCAGUCUACUCAAAAGGAGUCUAGGCUGUGAGGAUGAAGUCCAACAAAGCAUGUGGUAAAUAUUUCACAAGACUAUUUUAAUAUUUUAAAGCUGCAUAUUCUCUAGUCAUGAACAAGCAAUGACAGAACCGAAGAAUAGACAACAGUGAUCAGAAGAGUAACUAACACUUACUGAGCGCCCAGGAUGGAUUAGACACUGUGCUAAGUCCUCUCCAUGUACUAUCUUCAUUCGUUCUCCUAACAAUUUAAUGAGGUCUGUACAGUUAACAACCUCAGUGCAUAAAGAAAAAGCACAUCCAGCUACAAGUAGAGGAGCCAGGAAUUGAACCUUGGUGGAUGGACCUGGGAGCUUGUGCUCACCACCAGGAGGUAAGCUUGCAUGGGCCUUCUUGGGAAAUUGGAAGGAGGUGGUGAUACUUAGGGAGGGUACAUAGGGGGCUUUGGUCCUGGGGGCAGCACGUGGGCUUUGGGCAUUGCAGGGCGGGGAAGAAGGUGACAAGAACAAGGGUAAGACAAAAAACCCAUGGAAUGGGGAGUUGGGUGUUUGAAGCAGCUGUCACCUGUAAGAUGAUGUUGAGGUAAAGCGACUGAAGCUGAAUUCCCAAAGUGAAUCUAUUGGAUCUACUCUUUCCUUAGAGAUGGUCUAGUCUGGUGGUCCCUUAGAGUCCCCCAAGGGGUGGGUGGAUGGAGGUUGUGCGGUGAAGGCUUAACAAAUGGAUCUUCAAAACCCUCUUGUUUACUUCAGCCACAGGAAUUCCACUUUUUUCUUUUUUUCUUUUGAGGUACAACUUACAUGACAUAAAGCACAGGAAUCUCAGAGAUAAUGAUGAGUUUUUAUACAUGUAUACAUCUGUGUAGCCACUACCCAUAUCAAGAUAAAGAAUACUUUCUGCACCCCUGGGCAGGCUCUGUGCUGUCCCCUCCCAGUCAGUAUCCUCCCCAGAGGUAACCACCUACUUGAUCUUGCCUGUUUUUGGACUUCAUGUAAAUGGAAUUACAAAAUUUAUCCUCUUUUGUGUCUGGCUUCUUUUGCUCAAAAUUAUAUCUGAGAGAUUCAUCCACGUUUUUGUGGGUAACAAUAGCCUGUCCUUUUUUGUUGCUGUGUGGAAUUGUAUUGUAGGACUACACCGCGAUUUAUUGAUCUUUUCCACUGUUGAUGAACAUUGGCGUUGUUUCCAGGUUUUGGUAUUAUGAACAUAGCUGCCAUGAACAUCCACGCACAAGUCUUGUGGUGGACAAAUGAACGCAUUUCUGUCGAGUGUAUACUCAUGGAUGUAUCGUGGGGUGGCUGCAUGUUUAGCUCUGGUGGGUAGAGCAGCUUUGCUUUCGAAUAGAUGUUGCACAGAAUGGGGAAUCCUCAUAAGGUUUCACUUGGGGAAAGGGUGUGGUUGCUUAAAUUUUUUUUUUUUAAAGAAAAGUUUAAACUCCUCCAGUGUAAUCCUCUGCAUUUACAGAUGCAGAGACUGAGUCUCAGAGAGGAAAGUGAUUUGCUCAGACUCAAACUGCAGCAAAGCCACGUCUAGAACCCGAUUACUAGACUGAAAAUGUCUUCUGGGUUUUUGAGCUCUCUAACAUGGGGGCUAAAUAUCACUCAAACUGGAUGCUGGUCAGAUGUGGAAAGGACACCACAAUUUAAGUCAGAAGCCCUGGGUUCAAGCCCUAAUAUUGUCACUACACAGUGUGUGACCCAGGGCAAGGCACCUACUGCUGGCAACCUCAGUCUCCUUCACUUGGAAGUGGAUGACCCUGCUUGACAGCAUUGCUGGAUUAAAGGAGAUCAUGAUAUGGAGACACUGUACAGGCUGAGAAGCAUCAUAAGUAUCAUUAUUGUCAAACUAUAUUCUAAGGGGAUGCUUUGGUAAGCAUGCUGUUUUCUUGCAAUAUUAAUGCCUAUAAUAAUUCACUGCUUUACAUUUUAUUUUUCAUCCUGAUUUAUUAAUUUUUAAUGAAAGCUUUUCCUCUUUCAUUAAAAAGCUAGUGUGGCAGAUAAAGUUUUCCAAAGAUAGCCACAGUAACGUAUAUCCCAUCCUACAUGCUGGUCUUUGAUGGGACAUUUUUAUAACGUGACACAUCUCCAUUGAAGUUGGGGCGGGGGAGGGUCAGCUUUCUCUCCCCUCACACCUGGGCAGAGGUGUGUAACUAUCUCGACUAACCAAACUUGGCAGCAAUGAUGAUGUGUGAGCAUGAAUCCAGAGUUAGAGAGGAAAAGUCUACAUUUUGGGAUAUUUCCUAGAGAGAACAGAAACAUCCCUGGGAGGAGACAUGCAGUGUUGGUUUUUUGUUUUUUUUUUUCUGAUUUCACUUUGUAGUCCUUUUCAUUUCUCAAGGUUCUUCAUUUAAACUUUCCACCAAAAGGAAAAAACCUAUCUAGCUAAUACCCCCUCGGGUUAAACCUGAGAUUAGACAUGGGUGCUUCAUACAUUCCAACUCAGGUGGAGUUUUAGUCCUUAGUGAAGAGCCCAGUGACGCCAGGAGAAAGGCCUGGAGGCCAGAUCCUCCUCUGGGAGCUCAGAGGGGAUGGGAGUGUGGGUGAGGAUGCGCCUGGGAUGAUGGUAGCUCCCCUGAGCCUAAAAGGCCAGCGGACUCCUGGUACCCCGAGCCCUAAAGGCAGGAGGGCACCGACAGGUGUGUGGCUGAGACUCACACAGAGAACUGAAUUUUUCCCUCUUGACUUUUCCCCUGAGAGCUCUAAGUUUCUGUGAAAGAAGGUCCUUCUGUCAAGAAGGUCUUUAUUACAAAUUUAAAAAUAGUUAAGUUCCUCACAUACGUAAAUUGCUUCACAUAUUGGGAAGCAGGUUCCCAUAUGUUACUUAUUUGAUUUUCCCAAUAGCCCUGUAGAAAACCAGAGGCUGAAUCAUCAUCUUCAUUAUCGUGAGCAUCUUAAUUUUCUGCUUAAAGGAAUUGACAGGGUAAGAGCUUUGUCCAAGAUCCCACAGCUAGCAGGCAGAAACGCCAGUGAAAAAACCAUGUCUUCUGGCUUCUGGGCUAGUUUCCUUUACUGCCUCACAGACUCUGUCCAUGGGGGAGUAGGAGUUUGGGGCACCAUAGCAGAUUGGCAGAGCUAACUUGAGGGAGUUAAAUUACCCCCUCACCCUUUCACCCCUCAGACUACCCCAAAGCUCUUUGCUCUAUGCAUGGUGUUGUCUCUAUGUGGAAUAAAAUGCCUUUGGCUGGUCAUCUCUAUUGCCUCUAUCAGAAAAGAGACACCCUAUCAGUCAUUUACAUUUUAGUGAGAAUUUAAGGACUUAAGUUUUCUCUCUCAGAGAUACUUGCAUUUUACAUUUUAGCUCUCAUUGUGAUUUUUGACACCUGGAAAAGUCAUUUUUAGCAUCAGUGAGCAGAUAAGAAGAGGCAUUUUCUCAGGGGCAGGGUGGAAGUGCAUGGAGAAAUUUUAUAGACACCCCCCCGUCCCCAAUGACAUCUUGUCAGUAGAUGCUAACUACCUGAAUCAGAAAACUUCAGUUAUCAAAUAUCUGGAUGCUGAGUGCUGGAGACACAGUGAUGAGGAGACUGUGGUCCAUGGAGGGAGUCACAGUUUGGGUGGGGGGACAGGCAAGGAAGCAAGUAACGGUAAUACGAUCUGGUCAGUGCUAUAUAGAUGUGAGUGUUCAGAGCACUAUGGGUGCAUGGGGGAACUGGGGUAGGAGUGGGGGGCACAUCAGAGCUUCCUUAGAGGAGGUGACAUCAUUUGGGUUGAAUCUAUAAAAGGCAGUGGAACUGCCAUCUGUUGAGUAUCUUAGUCCAGGUUCUCUGCAAGAGCAAGUCUGAGGGAUUAUGUGCUGAUACUAUGGAGGAGUGCAGCCCCAGGGAACCAGGCGUGAGGAAGAGGUGAGUGUGUGGAGAGAAACAGAAACAAGCUGGCUGAUUGCUCCAUCGGGCUGGGCGUCCUCCGAGAGGCCUUAUGGAGCUCUGUCCCUGCAGUAUCCUGUGUGGGGGAUGGAGAGGAACUAUUUCUUCUGGUUCUUUCCCAUUUCUGGUCCCCCAGUGGCUAAAGUUCACCCUGGGGUGAGUUAACUCUCAUGCAUUUUUAGUUCAAGUCACAGGCCCCGCAGCUGGCAAUUUCUUUGAGUCUGAGUCUCACUGGUGAACACUGGUGGCCAUGGUGCUGGCAGAGGAGAUCAACGUAACCUAGAGGAGGUGCAUCGGUGAGGUGCCGGGGUGUUUACAUGCACUGGAGUGUCUCAUCCUCACAGUAACCCUGGGUUGUGGGUUGCAUUGUGUCUCCCCCACUCGAAGAUAUGUUGAAGUCCUAACCCCUGGUAUCUGUGAAUGUGACCCUAUUUGGAAAUAGGGUCUAUGCAGAUGUCAUCAAGAUGUAAAUGAAGACAAAGUCGUACUGGUGUAGGGCUUCCCUUAAUCCAAUAUGACUGUUGUCCUUAAGAGAAGAGACACAGAGACAGUCAUACGUAGAGAAGAGAAAGCCACGUGAUGAUGGGACAGAGAUUAGAGGGAUGCAUCUGCAAGCCAAGGAGUGCCAAGGAGUGCUGACAACACCAGAAGCUGAGAAAAAGGCAUGGGGCAGAUUCCCCUCUUGAGCCUCUAGAGAGAACAUGGCCCUGAAGAUAAUCUUGGACUUCCAGCCUCCAGAAGAGUAAAGCGAGAGAAAAAAUUUCUGUUGUUUUAAGCCACCCGCUUUGUGGCACUUUGUUACGGCAGCCCUAGGGGGAGGGAUGAGCCUGAGCAGAGGCACAAGAUGCAAAUGAAACCUGUAAAAUGAGACAGAGGUGAGAUGGUGAUGUUGAUGAUGGUGAGAGCUAAGAGUUACUGAGGACAUUCUACUCAGUGAACGCUGUUCUGAGUGCUGUAUGUUUAUUUACUCAUUUGAUCCUCACCAAACCUUGUAAUGGGCAACUUUUAUAAUUCCCAUUUUCCAAAUAAGAUCAAGAGGCAGAGAGGUUAAAUAACUUGCUUAAUGUCACAGGCAGUGGGGUUGAAACCUUGUCCGCUGAGCCUGUGGUCUUUGCGUCCACCCUGCAUUCAUUCACCUAAGGUUGAAAAAAUGCCCCAUCUGUGCUAGAUGCUAGAUACGAGGGUGCAGAGAUGGACGCAAUUUGGUCCCCUCUCCCCAAAGCCCUCACAGUCUUUCUGAUCCAAUCUAGUUGACUCCACGCACACCCUUGAGAGCUGUGCUGUCCAAUAUGGUAGCCACUAGCCACGUGGCUGCUGAGCACUUGAAAUGUCGCCAGUCUGAACUCACAUGGCUGUAUGUGUAAGAUACACACCGGGUUUAGAAGACCUAGUACAAUAAGGGUGUAAAAUAUCUCAUCAAUAAUUUUUAAUACUGAUUUUACUGAAACGAUUAUGUUUUGCAUAUAAUGGGCUAAAUAAAAUAUAUCAUUAAAAUUCAUUACACCUUUAAAAAAAGUGGCUAUAAGAAAAUUAAAGUCACAUAUGUGCUCACAUGACAUUUCUAUCGGACAGCACUGCUCUAGAAUGUGAGUUCCCUGAAGGCAGGGGCUAUCUCUGUCCUGUUCACUUCAGGUCCUAGGUGCCAGAACAGGACCUGACACACAACGGUCCCUCAAUACAUAGUUGUUGGAUAAUUGAAUGAAUGAAUAAAUACACAAAUAACCAAAUCCAGUCCUCUUCUGCAUCUGCUUAUCUGUUCCCUGUAAACAUAGGUUGAACCUCACUUUUACUUUGCUUUGUCUCUCUGGGCAGUCCCUCAAUUUCUCUCAGGCUUAUAGAGAGAUUGGACGCUACUUUGUGCCAGGGAAUUGAGAGGCUGGAUGUGUGGUAGAAUUUGGAGAAUAAAAACGGUCAGAGUAUUUCCAACCACAAUGGCAGUAACCACUUACCGGAAGCAAAUUACUGAAUACAAAAAAACAUGCCUGGUGUUGUUCUCAGCAGGUAUCUGGAGUGAGUCGUUUAAUUCUAACAACCCUAUGACAUCAGUCCCACCAUCAACUCCAUUUGACAGAUGGGGGAAAUUAAACUUCAGACAGGAUAAGUCUUGCCCCCAGGACUACUUAGCUAGUUUCGUACCCAGGUCUGUCAGAUAAGACACCGAUAUGACAUAGAGGAUAGGGAGAAGGACCCCAACAAGAGUGAUCCUGCCCCAGGUCCCUUCUGUCCUGAGGCCCCAGAGCAGCCUCAGACAGCCGAUGUCCCAGUUCUCGGGGUUCUGGGGAACCUAUCGUCUGUGUGUAGUACCACAAAACAUCUGGCCGCGUAUUGUCUCUGCAUCCAGCCAUGUCCUCUCUGUGCAUCUUCUUCACCAGAUGACUGGGCCACCCGUAGGCUGGCUCACCUUCUGUGCCUGUGAUGUGGUCAUGAGCGAGUGACCAUCCGGGGCAGGGAACCGCCUUCACCAUGCCCUCCGAUGAGACGUCCCUUCCUGCCCUGCUGGACGUCGGCUUCUACGUAGUCCUAGAGAGCAGGACCUCACAGAGAGGCCCCAAACCACGCAUCCUGGCACCACUGCAGGAGAAAUGUCAAUCUUCCACGUGUCUGUAUGAAGAAACCAGGGUUCAAAGAGCAUUCACAGCUGCCCCAGGUCACACAGCCAAGCGAGUGGCAGAGCUGGGACUUGGACUCACGUCCGUCAGACUCUGCAGCCUGAACCCUGCCUCCCAGGAAGGGGAAGGAGUGAGAAAAGAUAAGAAAAGCUGGAAACAUCUGACCCGUUGCGUCUGCUGGGAGGAAGGAGGCUGCGGGCUGCAGGACAGCGAACAGCAGCGGCAGGGGAAGCUCCAGGCUAUGGUCGUCCAUCUCCUGCUCAGACUGCCUUACUCGAAGGGGAACAGACAGACACACAGGACAGGGCCUUCUGGCUUUGUGCCACACCAGCCAUUGCCCUAGCAUGACUCUCCUCCUUCCAUUGGAUUCUGCUCUCCAGUCAGCAUCAUCUUGCUAAAGAAGCAUAAACCACAAGCUCUGGGGAAGCUGGUUUGUCUGUCUCACAAGCAGGCCUCAAAGUCUCCUGGCUACCUUCCUAAAUUUCUCUGGAUGUGGGGUGAUCACCUGGUCAAACAGAUAUCUCUCCAGUGCACGAGACCAGACUGCUGCAGAAGUCUGUUGUUGCCUUUUCUUUGACUUCUUUGAGUGUGGUCAUGGGAGGACAUGUUGAGAUGCCCUUCUAUCAGCCUGGGCCCUGAUUAGGCCCUCAGAGUAAGCUGCAGGAAUAGGCUUCCGCGGUCUUGGAUCUCCUAUUGCUCCCCCGCUCCCACGAGCUGCCGAGGAGGGCCUUUCCUGGCUUGGAGCCACACCCAACUCCUCCUCAGCGUGGUCAUCUUCUUUCCAAAAUUGAGCCUACCUACCACAGGGGGACCAGCAUUUACCACGUCAGCUCCGGGCAGAGGUGAAGGAUGACUAGAGCUGUUAAUGACCACCACAACCAAAAUACUUGUGAUCUAUCGAAUGACUCGAUUCCCACAUGGUGGAUGUCAAGUUUAGUACAUGUGUCCUGUCAUCUGAUGGCCAGAACAGCUUAAUGAAAACUUCAGUUUUCUUUGGACAUCCAACCUCCCUCCGUGUAGCCUCAGGUGAAGCUGACUGUACCCCUCAGAGCCAGGGUUCUCAAUGGAGCAGCACCAAGAAGAGGUGAGGUGGGCAGUCCUCCAGACUGAGCAAGGAAACAUUCUGAAGUUUUCAGGUGCCACGCAAGUUGCAGAGCCCCCUAUAUCUGAGUGCUGACUCCAGACGCCCCUCACUAAAGGCAAGCACCCCCAGCCCACUUUUGAAACUGCGGAGUGAAUAGAAGGAAAAAAAAAUCCCGUGCCGCGCGGAGUCAGGGCGCCGGGCUCCCCCGCCUGAUGUCACCGCCGUGCAGUCAGCUCAGAGGCGGCUCAUUGAAAGCAGACCCUCCUCGGCGCUAGCUGGGCGGAGGCGCCGCUGUCCGCAGACCCGCCGCGGGCCGGGCAGAGCCGGGCGCCCCCUGCCCCGCCGCCCGCUCCUCCCCGCCGCUCCCCGCGAGCCCGGCCCGGCGCGCCUGACGUGGACCAUUAAACUUGGAGCUGCCGCCUCGUCCCCUCUCUCCUCCUCCUCGCUCUGACAGGCGAGCGAGCGGCUCGGUGCAGGCAGGAGACGUGCUGCUGGGCUGGACUGCCCGGGGGAGAUGACUUCUCGCCAGGAGGACGCCUUUGGGAAGAAGACCACGGGGGAAGCAAAGUUUCAGGGCAGCUGAGGAGCCUUCGCCAGCCCUUCCCAGCCCUGUCACCCCUCUGGCUAUGGAGGGCGGACUCUAAAAUGAAUCCCGAUCUGGACACCGGCCACAACACAGCAGCACCUGCCCACUGGGGAGAGUUGAAAAAUGCCAACUUCACUGGCCCCAACCAGACCUCGAGCAACUCCACACUGCCCCAGCUGGACAUCACCAGGGCCAUCUCCGUGGGCCUGGUGCUGGGCGCUUUCAUCCUCUUUGCCAUCGUGGGCAACAUCCUAGUCAUCUUGUCUGUGGCCUGCAACCGUCACCUGAGGACGCCCACCAACUACUUCAUUGUCAACCUGGCCAUUGCCGACCUGCUGCUAAGCUUCACUGUGCUGCCCUUCUCCGCGGCCCUGGAGGUGCUCGGCUAUUGGGUGCUGGGCCGUAUCUUCUGUGACAUCUGGGCUGCCGUGGAUGUCCUGUGCUGCACAGCCUCCAUUUUGAGCCUGUGCGCCAUCUCCAUCGACCGCUACAUCGGGGUGCGCUACUCUCUGCAGUACCCGUCGCUGGUCACCAGGAGGAAGGCCAUCUUGGCACUCCUCGGUGUCUGGGUCUUGUCCACGGUCAUCUCCAUUGGGCCUCUUCUUGGGUGGAAGGAGCCGGCGCCCAAUGAUGACAAGGAAUGUGGGGUCACUGAAGAACCCUUCUAUGCUCUCUUCUCCUCCCUGGGCUCCUUCUACAUCCCUCUGGCGGUCAUUCUGGUCAUGUACUGCCGGGUCUACAUCGUUGCCAAGAGGACCACCAAGAACCUGGAGGCUGGAGUCAUGAAGGAGAUGUCCAACUCCAAGGAGCUGACCUUGAGGAUCCACUCCAAGAACUUUCACGAGGACACCCUCAGCAGUACCAAGGCCAAGGGCCACAACCCCAGGAGUUCCAUAGCUGUCAAACUUUUUAAGUUCUCCCGGGAAAAGAAAGCAGCCAAGACCUUGGGCAUUGUAGUCGGUAUGUUCAUCUUGUGUUGGCUACCCUUCUUCAUCGCUCUACCACUUGGCUCCCUGUUCUCCACCCUGAAGCCCCCCGACGCCGUGUUCAAGGUGGUGUUCUGGCUGGGCUACUUCAACAGCUGCCUCAACCCCAUCAUCUACCCGUGCUCCAGCAAGGAGUUCAAGCGCGCCUUCGUGCACAUCCUCGGGUGCCAGUGCCGCGGCGGCCGCCGCCGCCGCCGUCGCCGCCUCUUGGGCGGCUGCGCCUACACCUACCGGCCGUGGACGCGCGGCGGCUCGCUGGAGCGGUCGCAGUCGCGCAAGGACUCGCUGGAUGACAGCGGCAGCUGCCUGAGCGGCAGCCAGCGAACCCUACCCUCGGCCUCGCCGAGCCCCGGCUACCUGGGGCGCGGCGCGCCGCCGCCCGUCGAGCUGUGCGCCUUCCCGGAGUGGAAGGCGCCUGGCGCCCUCCUGAGCCUGCCCGCGCCCGAGCCCCCGGGCCGCCGCGGCCGCCACGACUCGAGCCCGCUCUUCACCUUCAAGCUGCUGGCGGAGCACGAGAGCCCCGGGACCGACGGAGACGCCAGCCACGGGGGCCACGAGGCCGCAGCCGACGUGGCCAACGGGCAGCCCGGCUUCAAAAGCAACAUGCCCCUGGCGCCCGGGCAGUUUUAGGGCCCCGCGCACCGCUUCCUUUCCCUGGGGAGCCAAUCAUCGUGGGGGGCGGGCGGGCGGAGGGGGGGAGGGGAGUGUCGGCCCCGGUAGACACGGGCCCCACGGGGAAGCGGGGGGAGGGGGCGGGGAGAGGGGCAGCUGCUUUUCUGGCAGGGGCAUGGGUGCCAGGUACAGCGCGGAGAGCUGGGCCGAGCAUGCUGAGAGCCUGGGAGACCCGACGCCAGCCGGGAUUUCCGUCUCUCUCUCUGUGUAUAUAUCUAAACGAGUCCCUCUGUACAUGUAUUUAACCGUGGGUGCACGUGCGUGUGUCUGUGCGGUGUACGUGUGGUCUGCGUGUGUGCGUGUGUGUGGCCGCCCGCGCGGGGGCAGAGCGAGUGGGUGCCCAGGAGGCACCCAGGGCAUUGUUUGUCUCGUGACUUAGUACCUCGCAAGCCCCUCCUGUACUUCACUGAACGGUGGCACUUUGGCGGGGUUGGAAGCAAAGUCGGACAUUAAAGGUCAUUUCUUCUGUG